CCUAAAAAUAAGGCUUCCAGAGAAGAGUCUCAACAUCUUAAUUUAUACCUUGUAUUGAUUUCAAAUAUCUCUCUCUCCCUCUUCCUUUCUUUAACUUAUUACAUAAACAACACUACCCACCUUUUAAUUUUCAAUAUUUGAUUUUUUCCAAGAGGUUCCAAAGAUAAACAUGGGACUCAGGGAUCUUAAUCUCAAACUUAAGGCAUUUAGGCUGAGGCGGUUUUUGAUAGGUGUCAGUGGUAGGAAUAAGAAAAGAAAUGGUGAGACUAAAAAGAAGCCUUCUUGGAUGGUGCCGAUCUCUCAUGGGUAUCAUGUUGUUGGAGAUAACUCAUUUAGAGGUGGUGGUUCGGAUGAGUCAGACUCUGACUCGGUUGUGGUACAAAGAGAGCAAAUUGAAGAGAUUGAGUUGUGGUUUUUUGGAGUUUUUGAUGCUCAAAUUGGUGAUGGAGUUACCAAAUACAUGCAGUCCCAUUUCUUUGAUAGAAAUCUCAAAGAGUCUCAGAUCAGGAGAAAAAGCAAAGAAACAAUGAGAAAAGCAUAUCUCGGAGCAAGAGCAAAAGUGAGAGAAGCACAGAAAGAAGAUGAGACAUGGAGAGUGGGUUCGGCAUCUGCGAUGGUGAUCAAUGGAGAAAAGCUUGUCAUAGCUAACAUGGGUGACUACCGAGCUGUUGUUUGCAGAGAUGGUGUGGCUCAUCAGAUCAGUAGUGGUCCUACUGGACAUCAACAAACUGCCAAAAGACAUUGGACUCGAAGACUUUUCUCUGGCGUUAAGCACUCGAAAGGCACAGAACUUUCAGUUAAGGCUGAAAAGAUUGACUCUGAUACUGAAUUUGUCCUGAUAGCAAGCACUGGCAUAUGGGAGGUGAUGAAAAAUCAAGAAGCAGUGAAUCUUGUAAGUCACUUGGAGGAUCCACAAGAAGCAGCCGAGUGCUUGGCAAAGGAGGCAUUAACUAGAAUGAGCAGAAGCAAAAUUUCUUGUCUAGUUAUCCGCUUUGAUUAAUACAAGAUUUUGGCAGCGAUUAUUUAGGUGUGGGCAAUAAUAGAUUAUGGAGUAACGAUAAUCAACAU